AUGUAUCCCCUGAAGUGCGUUUUUGGUGUCGCCUCCGGCAAAAUCCUAGGUUUCCAAGUCACUGCAGAAUGGAUCAAAGUUGACCCAGACAAGACGAAAUCUAUUUCUACUAUGCCUCCUCCACGCACUGUGAAAGAGCUUCAUGGGAAAGAAUACGAGGCUUUCUUGUUAGGAUUAUCCUUGGUCAAGCAAGUGGGAGCAAUGCACCUGGAGAUAAGAGGAGAAUCAAAGAUGCUAGUCAACCAAAUGAAUGGAGUAUACUCUCUCAAAGAAGUAACUCUUGCUCCAUUCAGAGCCGAAGCACAAAGACUUUUAGCUCAUUUUGUUGAUGCGACAAUAGUCCUUACUGGUCAAACAAACAACAUGCAUGAUGACUGUUUAUCAACUCUUUCCUCCAAAUUACAAUUUGAAGGAUCAGAGAAAGCCAUCACGUUGCAGAGACGUGAUGUAUCAUCCACCUGGUUCACUCAAGUCGAGGAUGCUCAAGCAAGCGACUGGCAGGCACCUAUCAUUCAUGAACUGAGCAAUUCUCUUUCAGAAGGAAAAGUCAGCCUCAAAGAAUUAAAGAACUUUUUUUUACUCCAUGGAGCAUUAUAUUACCGGAAUCCUGAUGGGUCUUUAUCACGAUACCUUGGAGACGAAGAAGCAAGCGAAUAA